GGCACUGCAUCACUGCUCGCGCCCCACAGCCCCUGCACUCAUCAAAUCGCAUCGUGACGCGACAUUUGCUCCCUGCGCCGAGGAGCAGCGGGAAGAAACCGUAGUAAAGGGGCGUGUGAGGCUAGGCUAGGCGGGACGCACGCGGUGGGUCGGGGGCUAUCGAUCUGGGGGAGUCUGUUGAGAGACUACACGGUGUGAGGACCGCACAGUGGCUCGUGGCUCCUAGUGGCUCGCAUAACCCCAGCGCCUAACACCCGGAGGAACCAUGAACAAGCUCUUCUUCGGCUCCGCUGCCCUCCUGGCCCUGCUCGGCUUGUUCGUCCGGGAAGGUCUGGGCCUCAGCUGCUGGGCAUGUAACAGCGCGUUCGACCCCCGCUGCGGAGAGACCAACUUCGACUCGAGUACUCUGGACACCAUCGACUGUAACCAGCUGGAGAAGAACCACCUGGACACUGAACCCAUCUACUGCAGGAAGAUCAUCCAGAGAAUCAACGAUAAGGUGCGAACCGUGAGGGGCUGCGGCUGGCUGGAGGAGACGAAGGCUGCCGCCGGUGAGUGCUACACCAGGACGGGCACCAAGGACGUCAUGGUCACCUACUGUCACUGCACCGAGGACAACUGCAACUCCGGCAACUCGGUCUUGGCGUCGUUGGGAAUGUCCGCAGUCUUCUUGGCCCUCACACGGCUCUUUUAGACGAGACAGAGCGCGGUGCAAGACGCCAUCAGCACCAUCAGGGCUGUUAACUUCGCUAUUUCAAAUCAACUAGACUCCAAGAACUCGCCUGCAGUAAUGCUGAUGUACGUAGGGAAACUGUUGCGUUGUAAAACUAAAAUGGUCGAAACUAUUCAGUAAACAUAGACAGUCAAUAAUUUUACAUCCAUAAUUGGGAGAAGCAAGUGGCUGCAAUGCCCCUCCUUUCUAAAGUAAAUAAGUACCUGCUGCUCAUAUUGUCGAUCUAAAAGAAAGUAAUAAUACCGCAGUCGUUUGAAGUAGUCUACGAGUCAGAGUCAGUAAACGAUGUAAUAUAACCUCAAUUAAAACUUUAGGGACGGGAUUACAGAAAAGCGUAAUGGAUGUGAGUAUCUUUUUUCUGAGUUGGCUUCAGCUGUGGUGCGGGGUGGCGAGUGUGCGCGCAGGCGAUGGUGCUCCUCGAGUGGACAGAUGAGAAGAAGGGCCAUCGCAUUGUUUUGUUUUGUUUACCCUCAGUGAAGGUGGGGAAGCCUGCCUACCUGCACUCAGCAACACACGUGUAACAUUCUAGACUUCGGAGCGGCUGUAGGGUGGACACGAAUGGUCACAAGUAGGUUUCAGAGUUGAUCAGCGUGUCACCCUAGAAGGAAGUGCUGUGAGUGGCAGUGGUCACUCCCAACAGGUAAUUAUGGUCAGGGGGCGGCACGGGAUGGUAGUCGCUGUUCAUUAUACCUGUCAAGAUGCCUCACACGUAUUGAGAUAACAUUGUUCUGGAAGAGGAAAUAAUUAGGGUAUCAUAUGUGCCGAUCAGAGCAUCACAGCGCACUCACCAAAAUGCAGUUCAGCUUUUUGUCUAAUUCGGAUAAGUUCCAAAUCUAUUUAUAUCAGACGCAGGUGUCUAUCUUCACGUUACGGUCACAUAGUCAUUGACAGUUUAACUCAUCUUUUUGAAUACUCUGUGAAUACUCCGUGAUCACUUUUAGAAUCACUUCAUAUUGAUUUCAAAUUGCGACUGUACUUCAUUGUUGAUAACACGUGCAUUGUUGUAAAGAGACACCCGUGUAGUCGGUACUUCGUCACACAAGUACCGUUACGAACUCACGGUUGUUGGAUGCCGAAGUACCUUUACGUAGCAAGAUCCGUUUCGAAGCACGGAGGAACGGGAGGGUCUCGUUCUUGCUCUCCUCGGCAGGGUUGGAAGCCAGCCACUGUAGGAUUAUGUUGAGCCUCUGCCUUAAAAUAGACAGUGGAAGAUGUAAGUUUGAUGUAGAGUUCCACACUGCCUUUUGCACCUGUUAAGCAUACUCUGACCCUUUGUGCGUUUAUUGUCCGUUUUCUGAUACACUGUGAGACGAAGCUCCGACGCGUUGGUUGUUGGUUUACUGCGGGGCAGCUCGGUGGUGGAGUCACUACUGGAUCUGUGUGCGCCAGUAAGCCGCAAUGGUCGCUGCGUCGGAACUACAUCUCACAGGUAUAAGACUUUCUGUACAAGCUGGGUGUUACUGGCAGAUGACCCGUACCGCAUACAUAUUGUUCUGGUAGCCAAUAGCUGAGCUGUUUACAUGAGUCCUGUUUACCUUUCAUUGACUCGGCAAAUACGAUAGUUGUAUGCUUUGGUUUUGAGCCAGCACACCGAAUACUCCGUACUCACUGAAGGUUUCGUGCAAAUGGUGAAUAAUUUCACAUGUAAGUUAGCAUAAUGUGUAAAUAGAUGAGUAGAUCGAGUCUAACUACUGUUCUUUGAGUGGAAUGCUCUGCCUUGUAAAAAGCAAGUUCAUUUAAAGCGUGCUUGGUAAGCUAGAAUGACUCUACCAUAGAGGCAACAGCAGAAUUUGCUUGACAAAAUAUUCAAGAUCUGGCAGAAGGAUCUUUGCAGAGUUGCAAUCGGCCCAGGUAUAAGACAUCACAUCAAUAUAUGUUUCAUUAUAUCUUUGAAAGAAAACAGGCAUUUUCUUUGCUGUUUAUAGUCCAGUUACUUUGUUUUGUCGAAAGUCAUGGUGUAUUCAUAAGGAACUGACAAAAGAAUGCCUUAUUCCUUCACUUGUGGUUGUAGUGAAACAAGGGUAUAUGUAUAAUGUAAAUAUACUGAUUAUUUUCUUUGACAAGGUUAUACAGUAAAACCUAAAAAAAAUAGGUUAUUCGAGAUUCAGGAAAUGGUGUAUUGAUAAAAAUAAUAACAUUCAUAAGGAUAUUCAGCCUUGUUCAUUUAAGUUGAACUCCUUCAAGAUUUCAAUGUUCAAACUUAUUUCAAAUAUCAGUGACCUUGCAAUUAAUUUAUCAUAGCUGUCCUGUUUGUAUAUGCUGCUGUGGCUGCAGUGUGACUGCACACUAACCGCUUUGUCACCAAAGUCAUGCCCUCUUAUGUUCUCACACACAUCUGAAAAAACUAAGUGAAAAGACAUUUGAUCACAACACUUGUUAAAUGUUGUAAGCUGCCUUAUAACCAAGCAGUUCUCAUUAAGUUAUUGACUGGCUGACCUGUGCUUGCAGCAAGAUUAGUUGCAUAUCAUUAGCCUGGGAAUAACGUGCCCUUUGAAGUGAGGCAGUCAUGCCGUUCUUGAAAGUUAUUACAGAUUAUUUAUUUAUUUUUUUACUCAUGCUAGAGGGAAAUUCUGACAUCAUUGCCAAGACACCAUUUAUUGUGGGUCACUCUUCCCUGGCUGCCCCCAACAGCCUGAUCUGUUUCCAGCCGAAAAAUUAGGUUUAAUCAACAUCAAAAGUUCAUCUAGGUAUUAUUAAUUUGCUUAUGAAGGAAUUCAUAAUUUGAGUAAUAAAUUGAUCUUACAUUAUGAAUGAGUAAGAUAACAGUUCCUAUGAUGUUUGUGUACCUUCUAAAUCUUUUACCUUGAAACUUUUGAGUUGAUGAACUGAGCUACUUGUAUACCAUCAAAGAUGCUGGUACAUAAAAGGGUAUGAAGAAGUGAGGUUGUACUGUAUAUGCAUGGUUAUGUCAGUGCUUGUGACUACAACAUAUUAUCAUCCAAAGACAAAGGUCAGACAUGUAUUAUACACCUAAAAUGGCAAAAGAAAACAUAGAGUUUUGGUUGGAGAUUCGAUAACUUUGUCAUAAAAUAGUAAAAUAGAUGAAAAGUCUCCAUGGCAGUAUUUUUAUAUUAAUGUGUUCAUGGUAUGGUCAAUGCUUGUGACAACACAAAUUCACUUGUGUAAUAUACUGUAUAUUCUAACUUGCCAUUGUAUGUACGUCAUGUAAACGUGUUCCAAGUUUUUCUCAGGCAAUGUGCAAUACCCUGAUGUUUAAGUUUAAUUUUAUUCAGUCUCCGUAAAGGAAUUCUGAACCCGUUGUUCCUAAGUUUUCACCUUCUCUAGACUUUUCCGAGAACCUACCACUCCACGAUAUAUUUUAGUUUCGUUGACACUUACCCUUCACUCUGGAAUAAUAGUUCCAAGGGAACAUGCUACUCCGUGUGCAUUGAGCUGUGUUCAUAUGUACAGUGUGUAAGUGUGCUCAGGUUCUGAGUACACUGAAAUAGUUUAAUUUUGCAUUAUAGAUAAGCAUCACUGAAUUGCUGUGGGAAAAUCUUGCUACAAAAUAUAUGUAGUAGAGGUGACGAUCUAGUGCCGGACACCAAGAAUGGAGAAAUAAACUGAUAAUUUUGUCUGCUGGAUGAGCCACAUUUCUCACUGUUGACUGCACUAACUAACACUGUUUUUAUCUUUUGAGAAUUUAGAUAUUUUCUACAUCACAUCUUGUACAGCUUAGGACACACUACUUUGUCCAAGAAAGUUCAGUAACUUUUUCUCCACAUUUAUUAGUUCUUUAUAAAUUUCACAAAUUUGUAGGCAAGAAUUAUUGCCACCUAUAGAUUCGAACCCAACUACUGUAGUAGCAUUCUAUAAUGAGGUUAAUGAUAUGAAGAAAUUGUAUGUAACUUAUAAGAAUUAGUUCUCUUACUCAGUUAAAUUAUAUAUUGGUACAUGUAUCUUAAUUUAAAUCAUAGAAACUGCAGAAACCAGCUAUUAUUGGCAGCAGUUAUAAGACUUGAUCAUCACCUGAACGGCAUGUUUUCAGCAGUUCAACUCCUGGAAUUUCACAACACACCAAAGAGCCAGACUACUUUGAUUCAUGGUUGAAAAUUAUUGGAACAUCCAUCAAAGUCUAGUUUACUUUUAUCAUUUCUGUAAUGACAAUGAAACUUCUUUAUAAGAUCCUGAAUAAUAAAAUUAUUAGUGUGCCAUGUACAAAC